AUGUCGGAACACAUCGCCGCCCCGCGCAUCACCGCCGCCAGCCUCGACACCUUUGUCAACAAACACGUCAGCAUCGUCGGCAAGGUCACCCAGCUGCGCGGCGACCAGGCUACCAUCGACGCCGACGGCGCCGUCACAGUCCUGCUCAACCGGGAAGCCCACCUCACCAACGGCAACGCCGCGCUCUUCAUCGGCAAGGUCAACCCCGACCUUUCCAUCAAGGCCCUGAGCUCCCGUGACGUCGGCACCGGUGUUGCGACGGUUGUCGCUCCUUUCUGGACGCAAGACUCUUUCUCCACGGCGGCGACGGACUACGACGACCACAAUGAUGAUGACGAUGACCACGACGAUGAUGAUGAUGGUGGCGUGUGGAGCCAGCCCCCGUCUCCCUCGUGGGAGGUCGACGUCAAUUCUACCGCGUCACCAUGGAUUCCCUCUGCGCAGCCUGUGUUUUAUCCCUUCUCGCUUCCCGCAUCGGGCAUUCGCCCUCUCACGCCGCCCUCGCCUGUUAAGCGACACACGGACUUCGAUGACGACUCCUGGGCCUCUGACCUCGAUUUCGAUUCGGAAGUACAAGACAUGCUCAACAAUGCCUGGCAACGCGUUUCUGGUAUGACCAUGUGA